ACAUAGAGGAACUGUCUCUGCUAUAUCUAUUAAACUCAUCAACAAAUCUUAGCCUUUUAUCUUCCUAUUCCUUAUAUACAUCGCCCGUGACCACUGUACCUAAAACCCUCUUUCUCUUUCUUUUCUCAGGGUUCCAUUUUAUAUAUAUUUAUACAUAUGCCAAACCCUAAAACCCUUCUGAAUUCCUUUAUUUAAAUACCCUCAUUUCCAUUCUUAGAUAUUUCCCAUUUUUCAAAGUGCUUUCUUGAAUUCAGUGCUUCAUCUUCUUCCUUAGCUCAAUUCUCUCUUCUUCUUGAGUUAGUUAAUUCUAAGAGGGGUUUGUUUAUUUUAAUCCAUUUGUUUUGUUUGGUGAGUUGAAGCCAAAUUCUUGGACUAAGUAUAGAGGGAACUAGUGCUGAAAAGUGUUUAGCUCAUUGACUUUUCUUUUUAUAAUAAUAAUGUUUUGAGAAGUUUGGUUUAUAGUGAGAAAAGAGUACUUUAUAGGGGUUUGGUCUAUUUCCCAUACAAAAUAAUUCUUCCUUGGAAAACUUCACCAAACCAAUACAUUCUUGCCAAUUGGUGCCUUUUGCUUCACUUUUUUUCUAGCUUCUUCUUUGUUCUUUCCCAAUUUGGAAAUUUCAUUUCUGAAUUUCAGACCUAAGAAUUCACCUGGUUUCUGGAGAAUUAAGUCUGAAUUGCUUAAUGGGGUUUUCAAGAAUUCAUCAUUGAAUUCCAAGAUUUCAAAUUCUUGAAUUUCUUCUCUGUUUCUCAUUAGUACAAUGUCUUGUUUAACUGGAGGUGGAAGGGCAGCUUAUAAAUUGGAUUUAGAGAUUAUAAAAUCUCCAUCUAAUUCAUGGACUUCACAAUCAUCUUCACCUUCUUCAACUCUUUCAGAAUCCAGCAAUUCUCCUAUUGCAAUUUCCACUAGAAAACCUCGAACCCCUCGAAAAAGACCUAAUCAAACUUAUAAUGAAGCUGCAGCCCUUCUAUCUACAGCCUAUCCUAAAAUAUUCAACACAAAACACCUCACUAAGCCUUGCAAAUUUACCAAGCCACACUAUCCCUUUUCAUAUGAAUCCACAGAGUUGGUUGUGCCUUACCAAAUCGUCGAAAAUUCGGGGUUUUUAAUCCAUCCACCAUUGAUAGAAAAACCCAAUUGUCCAAUUGAGCAAAGGUUAAUGAGUUCUUUUGACAAACCAUGCCAAAGUCCAGGAGAAAUUGACUCCAAAGGGAGUAGUUCAUUAGAGGUUUGUGAUGAAUUUCAAGAAGAUUUUGAUGCAGAGUCUAUUUUGGAUGAGGAAAUUGAAGAGAGUGUCAAUAUUGAUAGUAUUAUGGGGAAGCUAAAUGUGGAGAGUGAAUCAUUGAAGGAGUCCAAUUUUAGCUUUAGUUAUAGCAAUAGCAGCCACCAACACAAUUUUGGUACAUGUUAUGGUUUUCCAAUAGGACUAGGAUUUGAAAAUGGAUGUCACCAAUAUGAUUUUGGCAUGAGAUGUGGGGUGCGACCAUUGAGAAAUGUUGAUGACGGAGAUUGGUGGAGGUAUCCUAGCGUAAAUGUCAUCGACAUUACACCGAAAUUUAAACCGCCGGUAGAAAAAAAGAAAAAGAAAGUAGAGAAACUCGUGGAGUUAAGGGGCUCGGAACCAUCAUCAACAAAGGAUAAUUCGAUUAUUAAGAAGACGAACAAGGAUAAUUCAAGUCAAUCAAUCAAAGAAGAAGUCGACAUCCCAAAACCAAAAUCGACGUUGCUCCUGAAAUUGAACUACGACACCGUUUUGAACGCGUGGUCCGAUAAGGAGUCGCCGUUCUCCGAUGACAUGCCGGGAUCGGAGGCUGCCGAAAAUGAUGUCCAAGCCAGAUUAGCACAAAUAGACUUAUUUUCAGAGAAUGGAGGAAUGAGAGAGGCUAGUGUGCUACGUUACAAAGAAAAACGACGCACACGUUUGUUCUCUAAAAAAAUUAGAUAUCAAGUUAGAAAAGUCAACGCUGACCGACGACCCAGAAUGAAGGGUCGGUUUGUGAAAAGCCCAAAUUCACCAGAGAGAGAGAGAGCUAGGAUGAAGAGUUGAUUUAUUUAGAAUUUUAGGAUAUUUUUCCCUUUUUAUUUUUGGAUAUUUUCAGUUUUGUUACUUCUAUUUCAUAUUUUUCUUUUUUAAAGUUAUUCGGCCUUGUUACAAUUAGAAUAAAAGUACCAAGGAAGAGACUAGUUAAGACAAUGAAUAUGAAGCAGAAUAGUUGAAAUUUUUCAUCUUCU